AGGCCACAUUCAAAAGGGGGCCUGCUCCCAUUGGCCAGCCCCACAGCUCUGCGAGUGGCAGUUUGGUCUCAGCCAAACAUCAUCCUUCCCGUCGAGCUAAUGUUCAAUGAAUUGUGUUGGAAAGGAACACCGGAAAGAUCCAUCAGAUCGAAUACAAAGCGGUACUCAGGUGUGGAGGGGACUGCGGAGAAGGAGCUAAGAGUACUUGUCAUGACCUGAACCUCUCUCACACGCUGGCUGCCGUUGCUGCCGUCUGCGUCUGUGGCUGCAGCUGGAGCCCUGGAGGAGGUCGUGCACCCAGCAGAGCCGGCGGCCCUCAUCCUCCCGCCACAGCCCUGCCCGCCUCGGCCCCAUGCCCCCACCAGUCAGCCCCGGGCCACAGGCAGUGUGUUGGCACGUGAGCGCCAAGGCCCUGUGACCAGGCCAAGGAGACGCGGGCUCCUCGGUCCCAGUCCCCUCUCCCCCCCAUGGAGCUGAGGCCCUGGUUGCUAUGGGUGGUUGCAGCAGCGGGACCCUUGGUCCUGCUGGUGGCUGAGGCCCACGGCCGGGAGGUCUUCACCAACACCUGGGCUGUGCAUAUCUCCGGAGGCCCGGCUGUGGCUGACCGCCUGGCACGCAAGCAUGGUUUCCUCAACCAGGGCCAGAUCUUUGGAGACUAUUACCACUUCUGGCAUCGAGCAGUAACAAAGCGGUCCCUGUCGCCUCACCGCCUGCGGCACAGCCGGCUGCAGAGAGAGCCUCAAGUCCGGUGGCUUCAGCAACAGGUAGCAAAACGGCGGACCAAGCGGGAUGUGUACCAGGAGCCCACGGACCCCAAGUUUCCCCAGCAGUGGUACCUGUCUGGUGUUGCCCAACGGGACCUGAAUGUGAAGGAGGCCUGGGCCCAGGGCUACACAGGGCGUGGCAUCGUGGUCUCCAUCCUGGAUGACGGCAUCGAGAAGAACCACCCGGACUUGGCAGGCAAUUAUGAUCCUGGGGCCAGUUUCGAUGUCAACGACCAGGACCCUGACCCGCAGCCGCGGUACACACAGAUGAAUGACAACAGGCAUGGUACACGGUGUGCAGGCGAAGUGGCCGCGGUGGCCAACAACGGCGUCUGUGGCGUGGGUGUGGCCUACAAUGCCCGCAUUGGAGGGGUGCGCAUGCUGGACGGCGAGGUGACCGACGCGGUGGAGGCACGCUCACUGGGCCUGAACCCCAACCACAUCCACAUCUACAGCGCCAGCUGGGGCCCCGAGGACGACGGCAAGACCGUGGACGGGCCGGCCCGCCUGGCCGAGGAGGCCUUCUUCCGGGGAGUCAGCCAGGGCCGCGGGGGGCUGGGCUCCAUCUUUGUCUGGGCCUCGGGGAACGGGGGCCGGGAACAUGACAGCUGCAACUGCGAUGGCUACACCAACAGCAUCUACACGCUGUCCAUCAGCAGCGCCACGCAGUUCGGCAACGUGCCCUGGUACAGCGAGGCCUGCUCCUCCACGCUGGCCACGACCUACAGCAGCGGCAACCAGAAUGAGAAGCAGAUUGUGACCACUGACUUGCGGCAGAAGUGUACCGAAUCUCACACAGGCACCUCGGCCUCUGCCCCGCUGGCAGCGGGCAUCAUCGCUCUCACCCUGGAGGCCAAUAAGAACCUCACCUGGCGGGACAUGCAGCACCUGGUGGUACAGACCUCAAAGCCAGCACACCUCAAUGCUAACGAUUGGUCCACCAAUGGUGUGGGCCGGAAAGUGAGCCACUCCUAUGGCUACGGGUUGUUGGACGCAGGUGCCAUGGUGGCCUUGGCCCAGAACUGGACUACAGUGCCCCCCCAGCGGAAAUGUAUUAUUGACAUCCUCACUGAGCCCAAGGACAUCGGGAAGCGUCUGGAGGUGCGGAAGACUGUGACCGCCUGUCUCGGGGAGGCCAGCCACAUCACUCGGCUGGAGCAUGUUCAGGCGCGCCUCACCCUGUCCUACAAUCGCCGCGGCGACCUGGCCAUCCACCUGGUCAGCCCCAUGGGCACCCGCUCCACUCUGCUGGCCGCCAGGCCGCACGACUACUCUGCGGAUGGGUUUAAUGACUGGGCCUUCAUGACAACCCAUUCCUGGGAUGAGGACCCCUCUGGCGAGUGGGUCCUGGAGAUCGAAAACACCAGCGAAGCCAACAACUACGGGACGCUGACCAAGUUCACCCUCGUGCUGUACGGCACGGCCCCCGAGGGGCUGCCCACGCCUCCCGAGAGCAGCGGCUGCAAGACCCUCACGUCCAGCCAGGCCUGCGUGGUGUGCGAGGAAGGCUUCUCCCUGCACGAGAAGAGCUGCGUCCAGCACUGCCCGCCAGGCUUCGCUCCCCAAGUCCUCAACACGCACUACAGCACCGAGAACGAUGUGGAGACCAUCCGCGCCAGCGUCUGCGCCCCCUGCCACACCUCGUGUGCCACAUGCCGGGGGCCAGCCCCCACAGACUGCCUCACUUGCCCCAGCCACGCCUUCCUGGACCCUGUGGAGCAGAUGUGCUCCCGGCAAGGCCAGAGCAGCCGCGAGUCGCCGAAGCAGCCGCCGCCCCUGACCCGGCCACCUCCGGAGGUGGAGGUGGAGCCACGGCCUCGGGCAGGGCUGCUGCCCUCACACCUGCCUGAGGUGGUGGCCGGGCUCAGCUGCGCCUUCAUUGUCCUGGUCUUCAUCACUGUCUUCCUGGUCCUACAGCUGCGCUCAGGCUUCAGCUUCCGGGGGGUGAAGGUGUACACCAUGGACCGCGGCCUCAUCUCCUACAAGGGGCUGCCCCCCGAGGCCUGGCAGGAGUGCCCCUCAGACUCUGAGGAGGACGAGGGCCGGGGCGAGAGGACCACCUUUAUCAGAGACCAGAGCAUCCUCUGACGAGUGCCCACCGCUGCCCCUUCAAGCCCGUCUCCUCCUUGGGCACUUUUUAAUUCACCAAAGUAUUUUUUUAUCUUGGGACUGGGCUUGGACCCCAGCUAGGAGGCACGAGGGGCAGAGACAGCUUCCCACCCUACCUUUGGGCCUCCUGGCUUCCUGAGGGGGGGCCCCAGAACCAGCUGGGGGCAGGGGAGGGCCUCGCCCCACCCCUAGCACCCCCUCUGUGAGGAAAGGAGUGAAACCUUAGGGCAGCUCUCCAAGGUUGUCCAGUCCUCAGCCAGAGUACCCUGCGGAGUAAAGAGGGGAAGCCCUUCUCUCGGGAUUCCUGACCCGGUUGCAGCUCUGGCUUCUUCCCUGUCCCUCUAAAGCAAUAACGGUCCCCAUCCAGGCAGCAGGGAGGCUGACCAAGGGGCAGGUGAUGGAGGAGGCCACCUCUUCAAGGGCUUGUGCAUCCCCGACAGCGCCCCCACCUCCGAUGCGCCUCAGGCAGAAGCGGUGAUGGAAGGAAGGGACCAAGGCGAGGCAGGUGCUUCCAGGGUGUGUGUGUGCACGCGUGUGUGUCCCUUUGCUCACCACAGCUGGCGGCCCCCUGAGCGAGGCUGGCCCCGCCAAGCCCCACGCUGGCGUCCUGACCACCCUCCCCUCCCGCCGGGGCCCAAGUCCCUGUUUUCUGAGCCCGGGGCUGCCUGGGCUGUUGGCACUCACGGCCUCGGAGCCCCUGGGUGGGUGGUGGGGAGGGACGGUGGCCCAUCCGGCCUCUCCCGCCUCCCACCCGAUGCUGCUUUCCCCUGUGGGGAUCUCAGGGGCUGUUUGAGGAUAUAUUUUCACUCUGUGAUUACUUCACUUUAGAUGCUGAUUUUUUUUUUUUUUUGUAUUUUUAAUGGGGGUAGCCCCUGGACCACCCACCUUCCCACACCCACUUUCCACCCUGCUGUUCCCCUGGCUGCCCUGGCCCUGAGGUGUGGGGGCUGCAGCAUGUGGCUGGGGAGAGAGAGGUAGCUGAGCCCCAAGUCCUGAGGAGGCUGGCCAGGGGCGCCCUUGGGAGAUUGCAGUGGGAGGGGCGGCUGUUGUCCUUGUUCCAGAUGGGGCUGGUCGUGCCAAGGGCUCAUGGGUCACUGGUUCUCCAAGUGCCGGGGUGGGCAGGCGGUGGCACCGUGCCCCCUCCAACACUGUGCCCUGGCGGAGAAAGCACUGGCCUGGCCUGCCCCCCGCAAGUUCCGCUCUUCUGACGUGCCUUUUGCACCCCUCCCAGUAGGACAAUCAGUCCCCUUCUGUUUGGGAGCCCCCUUCUUUCUCUCCCCAGCCCCUCCUGGCACCCAGCCACUUGCCCAGGGGUGCCCCCUCCCCGCCCCCUUGUGGCCAGCCCGGCGGGUUUUGUAAGAUACUGGGUUGGUGCACAGUGAUUUUUUUUUUCCUUGUAAUUUAAACAGGCCCAGCAUUGUUGGUUCUAUUUAAUGGACACGAGAUAAUGUUAGAGGUUUUAAAGUGAUUAAACGUGCAGACUAUGCAAACCA